ACGCCACCGGAGAGAGGGGUACCGCCAACGCCAACGCCAACGCCAACGCCAUCCGCCAUGGGGGGAGGUGUCAUGCGCACCGCAGCGAAGGUCGGCAUCGCCGGUGGCGCCGCGGCGGCGUCGGCGGCAAAGGGCGGCCGGUUCCGCCACGCCGCGCCGGCCUUCGCCACGGCCCCCGCCGCGGCCUCGGGUGCCGAGGCCGCGCCGCUGGUCUCCUCCGCCUCGGGCGCCGAGGUGCCCCCCGCGGCAGCGCAGUGGGCGGCGUCCUGGGAGCUGGACGACUGGGAGUUCGCGGACUGGAGGGACGACGCGGCGUCCGUCGUGGUGGCGGAGAGGGAGGCGGCGGCGGCCGCCGCGAAGCCCAGGCUGGUCUUCGCGCCGCCGUCGAGGGAGGAGGCCGAGGAGGCCACCACCGAGCUCAGGGACGCCAUAGAGAGGGCGUAUUUCAAUGAGUCGCCAGUUGAGGUUGUUAAGGAACAAGAUAAAGAACUGAAUAAGCUGGCAACAGAUGCAAUAAUUCCUUCUAUGCCUGGACAUGUAGUCCAAGCCUUUACAUUGCUGAAAUCAAGCCCAGAGGCUCAGAGUGUUGUCGCCUCCCUUGCAUCAGAUAGAAAUGUCUGGGAUGCAGUAUUGAAGAAUGAGAAAGUUAUGGAAUUUUACAAGACUCACCAGACAACUCUAGUUCAGACAUUCCCUGAGGAAGCUGCCACAGUAGAAUCGCCUGAGAAGUUUGAAGAUGCCACCUCUGAAAAUGCACCCACCGGCUCACCUUUCGCAGACUUUGUGGACAAGGCGAAGAAGACGAUGAUGGACGUGGUCGAUAAUAUAACCCACUUCUUCCAGGACUUGUUGCAUCCCCCAGCGGAAGCCCAGGCUGGAGCAGGCUCCUCAGCUGAGAAGGGCCCUUCUUUGGCAGAGAUGGCUGUCGGCGGUUCCUUCAUGGCUCUGACCAUUGCGGUCAUCCUAGUUGUUCUGUUCAAGAGGGCAUGAUAGCUCAUGAGGCGCCUCUUCUGGGACCUAUCCUACUUCAAAUCUGUCGAAAAUUACUCGGUCAAGAAUACUACGAACGUAAUGUACAGCUUGUGUCCUUGGUUUCAUGCCGGUUCCGAUGAGUCGUCGAGACAGUACAAUAAAAGACUUAUCUAUCCUAUAACAAUGUUUUUGUGCGUGUAUUGGGUUGUCUAAUUUAUUUUA